CCACCCCCUCCCCCAGGCCCUUCCUUCUGCCCCGGGGCUCUGGUUCGACCCAGGAGGCAUUUUCCAAGACUUUUCGGUUUGGUUCUUAGGCUGUAUUGGACUGCGGAGCGGGGCUGAAUAGAGGCAUUUGUUGAGGGGGGAAAACUGGCUCCUGCACAGAAUUCCUGGGACGGAACCAAGGCCUCUUUGUUCUCGCCAGGGCCUGCAUGAGGCUGCGAGAGGGUUCAUGUCUCUGGACCUCAGCUCCCCUAAAUGUAAAACAAAGACGCAGGACUACACAACCCAUCAGCCACAGCUGAUCCCAAGGCCAGUCGAGCUUCUCAGUCUGGCCCAGGUGGAUGGCGGGUCCUAAGCGCGCAGGCGCCUAGGGCCGGACUGUGGCUCCGCCCCGCCCCGCUGGGGUUGCCAUAGGAACUAUCGCCUGCUGGGGUGGGGGAAGGGAGGAGGCCAGGGCUCCGCUGAGAGUGGGUGGGCUACGGGGGUCCCUAGAGCGAAACCAUGGAGCUGCCUGAUCCGGUCCGGCAGCGGCUGGUGUCCUUCAGCCGGACUGUGUUUAUCGACACAAACCGGACCGGCCCGGAAUACACCAGCAACCCCGAUAAUGAAAUAGUCUCCAGUUUGGCAUUACAGAUGUCUCUUUAUUUCAACAUUUACUUCUUUCCAUUUUGGUGGGUGUGUAGUAUCAUCAUGCUCCACGUGAAGUAUCCCAUCCUGCCUGAUUAUUAUAAAUUCAUUCUAAUCACCGUCAUCAUACUAGUAACCUUAAUUGAGGCCAUCCGGUUAUAUUUAGGAUAUAUGGGCAACCUACAGGAGAAGGUUCCAGAGCUGGCUGGCUUUUGGCUCUUGAGCCUUCUGCUGCAGUUGCCCCUAUUACUCUUCUUGCUCUUUAAUGAAGGUCUGACAAUUCAGCCCCUGGAACGAGCAGUCAACAUCAUCUUCACAGUCUUCCUUGCUUUCCAAGUGGUCGUAGCAUUUCUUGCCUUGAAGAAAAUGGCAAACCAAUUGGCAGCCCGUUUCCACCUCCAAGACUUUGUCCAUUUUGAUAGAGAAAAGAGGAGGAUACAGAUUGAUAGUUUUUCAACCUCACAUUUCGAGGGGAUUCAUUCCACAGCUGUUGAGUAGGAGUCUGUACUAGAAACUGGACAGAUUGUACCAGAAGAUACCAAGAGCUGGGGAAAUGAUCCUGCUUGAGAAAAAGAACAAAGGAAAUGCUGUACUAUAUUUUUGUUACUCAAAGAAAUUCUAUGGCGUGAGGGAAGAGGCAGCUCUAGUCAGGCUUUAUUGCCUGAUAAACAAUGCCAAAAACACAGGUGAAAAAAUGAAAACUAAUUCUAAAAUACUAAGUAUUAUCUGGAUCAUGCCAAAUAUUACAACUUGAAAACGGGGUUUUUUAGUUAACAUUUUUAAUCUUGCCUUUUCUAUAUAUUUGAUACAUUAUGGCUUUGGUCUUAAAAUAAAAUCUGUUCGGUAUCCUCUAGUAGUGGAAGGAAAUCCACGUUUCUAUCAUAGUUAUCAUUUUAAGAACUAUCAAUACAGUUUUGUGCUUUUCUUUGGGGCUUGUCUUUUUCUACAGACACAGCUAUUGGCAUUUCAUCUAUCUCUUUGGACAUUCUUUUUUUCUUGAAGCAUACAGAGGUGCAUGUGCUAGUCUGUAUUCUCUGCCUUUAGAAUAUUUGUAGGGAAAACAAUAGAUAAGGUUUUUAUGCCCACAGUGGUGUUGAGUAAUGGCUAUAACUCCCAUCUUGCAUAUAAGAAGUGCUUGGGGGAAAGAAGGCAGCACUGAUAAUGUAGAAUACCUUUUGUGAUAUUAUUUUCUACUAUAUCUAUUUUUUUUUAUUUUGUCCACGUGAAAAUGUUUUGAAAGUAAUAGAUUUUUAAAUAUUCACAUCAGCAAAUAUUCAUUCUCCUGUGUAAUUCUUUAAGCCUUGAGAUGGUGACUUCUCUAAGAUUUCAUUAUUUUUUCUUUUUAUAGGCUAAGAACUCUAUUGUUAAUUCAUCCAGGAUUGGUUAAGCCAAGGAUUGUUAAUCUGGGAUUUGUGAACCUUCAAAAAAUAUUUUGAUAAGUGUAUUUGAAUAUAAUUGGGGUUUUUUGUAAUCCUGUGUAUUUCAUUUUAUGCAUUUAAAAACAUAACUGAGAAGUGUCCAUAGGCUUCCCUAGACAGACAAAUGAGUCCAUGACAAAAAAGGUUAAGAAUCCCUAGGUUAGUCCUAAAUGAAUUAACUUAUGCUACAUGAACAAGCAAGAAAUUUGAUUUGUGAAGAUUGUGGAUAUCUCUCUAUCAAUUUUUAGUUAAAUGAGCCAUGCUUAUAUGAUUAAGUCAGCAUAUCCCUUUCUCACUAGAGGAAACCUACUUGGCAAAUCCAAUUAAGAUCAUAAAAUUGCUUGAUAAGUAUAAAACUACAGAAAGAGAAAGUGAAUAAUUUUAAAGGGUUCUUAUGUUUUCAUCAAUGCUUUUAUAAAAUUCUGAGGUUACCUUUCUCUAUUAAAGGAAGCCUGGCCUUCUCUCUCUUUCAAAGACAGGGUUAUGAUUACACUGACAAAUUUUUCUCAAUUUUUUUUUUUUUACAUAACUCAUGCAAGCUCAUUUAUUUUCAGGGUUCCAUCUCAUUUAUUGUUAUAUUUGCUUCAUGGUUUUUUAUUUCUUCCCCUUCCACUAAACUUUAGAGUUUCUGGGUAGACUCUUUUCACAAUUACUAUUGUUUGUUUUUUGUGGGGCAAUGAGGGUUAAGUGACUUGCCCAGGGUCACACAGCUAGUAAGUGUUAAGUGUCCGAGGUCAAAUUUGAACUCAGGUCCUCCUGAAUCCAA